AUGGUGUUUGGCCAGUUCAAGAACCUUAUUCGACACGGCAAAGCAGCCAAAGAAGAAGCUACUACUGCCUCACCGCCCCAAGGCUCUACCAAUCAAAGUAACGGAUCAAAGGUGAGUGCCUCGAAUCUGGAAGUGGCGUACAGUACGGUAGACGAUGAACACGAAUGGCGCUGGCGCACGCGCAUGCCUAUCCCAUGGCCUGUGCGGACGCCAGCCCUGGAUGCGAACAUCGAUUCCAUCGUGAAUCGAUCAUUGAGUCUCGACGCAGUGAUCCACUCCGCACAUAGCCAUCCUGGAAUUCCUCUCCCCACGAUCUUCUGGUCGCACCCGCAUACAUCCGCGUCAUUCUGCUGACGUUUGAACCUGCCCCCCCGGCCUGUCACGCUUGGCAGAUGCGUCAAGUCCCUGACUCUCACUAUCAAACGCUGGAUACGUUGGAGCCGAUGGCUGGACAGUCCACUGUCUCGCCAACGCCGGCCACUGCCAAAGGCACCAUGGCUGCGCCUAUCACCGCCACCGCCCAGCAAGGCGGCCAAAAGUCAUCGCAGCAAUCGCAAAAUGGUGGCGCUCAAGCGCAUUUGGACGAAGCUCGAGCUCGAGUCGGGGGCGGCGUUCGCAGCCACAGUCAGCGCGCACACUCGUAUCAAGAGGAUAAUGUGGCGCAGUACAAUCCUAAAUCAGAAAAGAUUGUGCAAGAAGAGAGGGCUGCUUCAGAGAAACUCCCGUCGUACGAGGGCUUGUCUGAUCGAUUCACUUUGAUCAAGAAGAUGGGAGAGUGAGUAGUGGCAUGAUGACUACGCGUGGACAUCUGCUGAUCGUGACCCUUCCACUGUUGCAGUGGUGCCUUUUCCAACGUAUACAUGGCCAGGGAUCAAAAGACGGGCCAAAAAGUGGCCAUCAAGGUCGUUCGAAAGUACGAGCUCAAUUCUAACCAGGUAAGUGUUUGGUCGCAGGCCUUGUUGAUAGGAGCAGGGCAGUGCAGCGGACGGGCAUGGACACGAAUCUUCCCGAUGACUCCGAACUCUCGUGAGAUGUGCCUCAGCAACUCCUUCACUCCAAGUCGUUCUCUUUUCUGGCGGACGCAUCGAACACUUCGAGUCGUUUGCGUUUUGCAGCUACCAGCUCCCAUGAGCUCCAGCUCCCUUGUGCCCGUCCAGCUUCACGCUCGCAGGUCAGCAGAUACCGGCUGUCCAGCGGCUGACCGAAUUUCCACCCAUUUCUCAUUCAUUUCUCUGCGCCUCGCCAACCUCUUUCUCGUCUCCCUUGCUUUGGCAAUCUUCCUGUGCCGCGUUUCGAUUGGGAUUCUCGCUUCUGUCCUCCAGGAUCGUCUCGAUCCACAAUUCCGCAAAAAGAAUCGCGUCACAGAGGUUCGUAGCCAGGGCUUUCCGUCUCCUUGGUCGGGUGGUCGAGCUUGUAAGGGAAUGCUGUCGGCCACGAGUCACAGGCUAUUCGCUCGCGAGAUAACGUUCGGGUCGUCGUUGGAUGAUCUGUACGAGUCUCCACCACGAAGGGCUUGGCGCUGCUCUGCUUCAGAGAUAUCGGUGUCAUCGUACCUUAGCAAGCCGACGCGAUUCUGACUCUUUCCCCUCCUGUCUCCACUUGCUUACUUUCCGACGGAAUUCGCCACGGUGCUACGGUGUUGCGUGCGGUCGAUGCUUCCGUACAAAUUCCGCGCCACCCCUUUUGCGGCAUUCUGGUCGGCUGUUCCGCCUAUACUCACUGUGCCCUCCUUUAGAGAGCCAACAUUCUUAAAGAGGUACAGAUCAUGCGCAAUCUCAAGCAUCCUGGCAUCGUGCAGCUAUUAGAGUUCAGUGAAAGCAGGGAUCACUACUUCUUGGUGCUGGAGCUUUUGGAAGGAGGCGAGCUCUUCCACCAGAUUGUCAAAUUGACGUACUUCAGCGAGUCAUUGGCAAGGCACGUCAUUCUGCAAGUGGCACACGGCAUUAGGUAUUUGCACGAAGAGCGCGGAGUGGUGCACAGGUGAGUGUCACGCCGCGUGGGAGAAGGACGCCCCGGGACUUUCCUGAUUAGCGGAUCCCCUCCCACAGAGAUAUCAAGCCGGAGAACCUGCUCUUCGAAUCGAUCAACAUUAUUCCUUCCAAACAGAACAAGGCCAGACCUUAUGACGAGGAAAAGGAAGACGAGGGCGAAUUCAUGCCUGGCAUCGGCGGCGGUGGUAUCGGUCGGGUAAAGAUUGCCGACUUUGGAUUGAGCAAGGUGGUGUGGGAGGAGAGCACCAUGACGCCUUGCGGCACCGUUGGCUACACCGCCCCAGAAAUUGUCAAGGACGAGCGCUACAGCAAGAGCGUCGACAUGUGGGCACUUGGCUGUGUGCUGUACACCUUGCUUUGCGGCUUUCCACCUUUCUACGACGAGUCGAUCAGCGUCUUGACGGAGAAGGUGGCAAAGGGCUACUACACAUUUCUCUCCCCCUGGUGGGACGACAUCAGCGAUUCGUCCAAGGAUCUGAUCACACAUCUGCUCUGCGUUGACUCCAGCAAGCGCUACACCAUUGACGAAUUCUUGGCACACCCCUGGUGCAACGUGCGAGAGAAUCUGCCAGCCCUCAAUAGUGCCGACAUUCAACUAGCGAAGGAAAGCGAAAUGCCUCUGGACUCGCCCCUGCUCACCAGUAUGAAGCAGCGCCGAGCGGCCAUGAUGUCGCCAGGCAUCAACCAGCUCAAGGAGGCCUUCGACGUCACGUAUGCCGUGCACCGCAUGGAAGAGGAGGGUGCGAGGAAACGGGGAGGCGCAGGUCAGGCGCCCCUCAACGGUCUCAACGAAGAGGACGAAGACGACGAUGCGGAGCAGGUGCGAUCACACCAUGGCGAUGCUGCAGCGCAAGCGGUUGAGCAGAGACGUCGCCAGCAAGAGCAGGAACAGCGCGCUCGACAACAAGCGGAGCAAAAUAGCCAAAACAAGCAGCAACAACAAUCGCAGCAGCAAGCAGCGCAGCACUACCAAGGUCGGGGAGGUGCGGAUCGCAAAUUGGCGGAAGCGGUCUUGUAUGAUGGCCGCGCUGGUACCAGAGAUCGAGGAUCUAAUCGAAGGAAGAAUUUUGAACUCAAUAUCGGCAAUGCGACCCUGCUAGGCAGGAGGAAUAAGGGUCCUCUUGGCGAACAGCCAAGCAUUCACGCUCAAAUGUUCGAAUCCAACCACCCGCACCACGCAAUGGACAGUGCAGGAAAGGCGGCUUUGGUGCCUGGCAGUCCCAUGCACAUCGAUCAAUGA